AUGUCGUACGACGAGGUGGAGAUCGAGGACAUGGAGUGGAACGAGGAGUUGGGGGCGUUCACCUAUUCCUGUCCGUGUGGCGACCUCUUCCAGAUUACUCUCGAGGAGCUUAAAAAUGGAGAGGAGAUUGCAAGAUGUCCAAGCUGCUCUCUUUUCAUCACAGUCAUCUAUAAUUCCGAGGACUUCCAGGAUGGCCCUGGAAAAGUGGAGCCCACUGUCGUUGUGCUGGAUCCGGACGUGGAUAAACAAUACCUUGAUAAGAUUCAACACCGAACAAAAGAAAAGCACUUCUCGUUUGACAGGGCCUUUAAUGGCGUUUCGUCCAAUGUGGAGAUAUACACUCCCACAGUGCAGCCUAUGAUUCAGGGGCUUACAGAAGGUCUAAAUGCUACAGUCUUUGCUUAUGGUGCAACUGGAAGGUGA